GUUCUGUUUUUUAUCUGUAUGUCAACCUAUGACUGCCUUCAUUAAAUAUUAUUUAUCUUUCUCUCUUCAGGUUUUCCUCUAUACAUUGAGUCAGCUGGCAUUCAUUUUUGUCCAAAUGAAACAAACACAAAGAAUACAUUAGAUUUUGAAGAAUGUUCUUUCCUUUUUAUUGCUCAUUUUCUUUAUAUUGUGUAAUUUUAUUUCACCCUUAUUAUUUUAUAAUAUAGACACUUAUCUGGUGUUUUACUUUUAGUCGUAAGGUUAUUUGUGAAGAUAUGAACUCAACACUGGAUCCUUUGACUGUGCAUUUGUCCUCCCAAACUGCAGUCAGCUUCCCUAAAGACAGCUUCAUUAAUGCGCUGACCAAGAACAUUGUGGCUAUGCUGGUCUGGCUGGCACUGAGCAUGCUCAAUGGCAGCAUGGUGAGAACCUUCACAAGGCACAGCUUCUUCUACGAUGACCCGCGCUACAUCAUGUUCAUCUUCAUGGUGGUGAACGACGCCGUCCAGCUGACCCUGGUGACGGCGCUGUACGUGGUGAGCUACAUCUUCUUCAAGAUCCCCGCCUCGCUCUGCUGCCCCCUGGUGAUGACGGCCGUGCUGACCACCCGCGCCACGCCGCUGAUCUUGGCGGGCAUGGCCGUGGAGCGCUACCUGGCCAUCUGCUUCCCGCUGCACUACCAGCAGCUCUGCACCAUCCCGCGCACCCUGCUGCUGGUGGCCGUCGUGCUCUUCCUCAGUGCCGCUGCGCCACUCACCGACCUCUUCAUCACCCUCGCCAAGGAGCCCGUCGCCAUCUUUCGCGGCGUCAUCUUCUGCGACCAAUACCAGCUCUUCAGGGACCGCGCCAUCUACUACAAGAACUGCGGCUUCGACGCGGUCUACUUCUCCUUCGUCUUCCUCACGCUGCUCUUCACCUACUGCAAGAUCAUGCUGGCAGCGCGGGCAGCCUCCACGGACCUGGCGUCGGUGAGGAAGGCGCGGAACACCAUCCUGCUGCACGGCAUCCAGCUGCUGCUCUGCCUGCUGGCCUUCGUGGUGCCGUCCAUGCAGGCCCCGCUCAUCGCCCUCUUCCCCCAGUUCGGCGUGGAGAUCCGCUACGUCAACUUCCUCCUGGUCUACAUCAUCCCGCGCUUCCUCAGCCCCAUGAUCUACGGCUUCCGGGACGAGAAGUUCCGCAAGCACUGGGCCAGGCAGAUCGCCUGCCGGACCAACGUGGUGAGACCGGCCGUCAAGUUCACCCAAAGGUGAAGCAGGGCUUUCAGCUGAAGACGCUCGUCUGUGCAAAAGCAUAUUAUCACUACUGCUCCAAAGCAGAUGAGUUCUAAUGAAAUUUCGUGAGAAAUAAACUAUGCAAAAAUGUCAUGCCUUAAUAAGAAUGUUUGCCUAAAACGUUUAGAAAUUUUAAAUAAAGGACUCUUAUCUUACCACAGAAAAAAAAACCCAGAAAGCAGUGGUUUAAAAAAUAUGAAGUUACAGUUUUCAAUUUAGGAGAAAAGCUCACAUAAAUGUUUUGCAACCCAGGUCUAAGCUAUGAUGCUGUACAACUUAUAUUGUACUACCAAAACACAGUACAUAACAAAAAUGAAAACAAGUGUUAACUGACUAUGUAUAUAAUCAAAUGCUUUUUGUGCAACGAGGCAUUUUAAAAUGUGAUGUUUUAUGGUUGUUUUCAAAAUGUGACUGCAAUCUAUGUUUUAUAACUAAUUAUAACUGCAACCUUUUGUGACCUUCUGAAUUCAAAAGUAUAGGUUGUCUUAGCGCAUUAAAAAAAAAACUUUAAAAAUCACUAAGGUUGUUAAUGAUACUGAAACAGAUGAAAAAGAGAGUUCAUAUCACAGCACUACGUGCAUCACUGCCUUGGCUGCAAGAUAAUUUUGAAUUGAUUCUAAGGUCAUCUUACUUAUCUUACUUAAAGAUGCAGCACCAGCGUAUAACCAAAAAAUAUAACAGCCAAAUGAGUCCUCUGAUUGUCCUCUGAUAAUACUGGUUUCAAACCAGUAUUAAAUAAAUAUUGGAACAAUAUCUUAAAUGGGACAUAUGAUUGAAAUCACACAUUUUAAUGUCUUGCAUGGGUUGUUGAAUCGGGCAAAUCUGAACAACGGGAUUUUUCUACAUAGAAGUGAGAACUGAGUCAAUCAGUCACCUUUUACCUGCUAAUUUACUAUCCCCACCCCUCUGCAAGUGGGGACCGUCCAGGCCCACUCUUACAUGUAAACAAUGGAGCAACACUGACAUCAUGCCUGCGUAGGCUGCAUGCAUGCAUUUAUAUUACCGAAUAAGUACACUGCAGGAGAGCCAGGUCUGGGAGAAGGAAUUGGGGCAAACUGGGGCCACGCCCACUGGUUAAGUGGGCACCUGCACAUGGGCUGCACUAACCAAUCAGGCAGAGGUUUAUAAAGUGUGCUUCUUUUCUCAGUGCGUGGCUGAGACCUUUCCCUGCCAGAAAGACCACAAGAACACAGGCAAAUAAAUAAAUAAAACUGCUGAGAAACAGUAGUUCGCUUUUGGUUUGUUUACUUUCUUAUUAUGUUUAUUACUUUA